AUGAAUACUCGGCGUGUGUACCCAGUGAUUAUAAUGGCUCGGAUUCCAGCCUUAGCUCGGAUUCCAGCUUUGGCUCAGAUUCCAGAAUUGAGUCAGGCUCCAACACUGCCCCGAAUCCAUUCUGUGGAAAGUCCUAUUGUCAUCCAUGCACCACUGGAAGAAGUAGAAACAGUUGAAGAACAACAAAAUGAUAAAUCGAAGCGAAAACAAUACCGUUUAUUUAUAUGCGCAAUGAUUACCUGUUUAUUAUUGGCUAGUGCUGUCGCAGCUCCGUUAUUGUAUAUCUAUCUUACCCCGAAAGGAGGCACAGGAACAACUACAACAACAACAACAACAACAACAACGACAACAACCGCAACUACAACAACAAGUACCACCGCAACAAGCACAACAACAUCAACUGCUACGACCAUCACAACAACUACUACAACUACAUC